AUGUCCGUCCCCAAGAAGCAACCCCUCCACAACGUGCUCGUCGUCGGAGGCUGCGGCUUCCUCGGCCACCACGUCGUCAAGCUCCUCCUCGAGCAGCACCCCGAAUGCAACGUCUCCGUGCUCGACCUGCGCACAGAUGUCAACAACUUCCCCAAGGUCGCCUACUACAGCGCCGACAUCACCUCGCGCACCCAGGUCGACGAGGUCCUCUCAAAGAGCAAGCCCGAGGUGGUCAUUGACACCGUGUCCCCUAUCUUUGGCCUGGGCAAGGACAUCUACUUCAAGGUCAAUGUGGACGGCACCAGGACGCUCCUCGAGGCGUCCACGGACAAGGGCGUGAGGGCAUUUGUCUACACGAGCUCGGCCAGUGUGGUCUUUGAUGGCGUGAGCGAUAUGAGGAAUGUUAACGAGUCGGCGCCGAUACCAAAGGUACCCAUGGAUGCGUAUAAUGAGACUAAGGCCAUUGGCGAGAAAAUGGUGAUUGACGCCAACCGAAAGAGGGGAAUGCUCACAAUCUCGCUCAGAUUAUCCGGUCUCUUCGGACCCGGCGACCGACAAGCCCUCCCCGGAAUGUUCAUUGCCCUCGAGCGCGGCCAGACAAAGUUCCAGCUCGGCGACAACAGCAACAUGGCCGACUUUACCUACAUUGUCAACGCCGCCUACGCGCACGUGCUCGCGGCCGAGAAGCUCCUCGCCAUGCCCGUGGACCAGGAAAAGACCACCAACACCGUCGACGUGUGGGCUGCAAAGGGACACGUGGCGCCAUAUACCAUCGUGAUCCCCAAGUCGAUCUCUUCAUUUGCCGGUGCGGCCAGCGAGCUUGUCGGCUGGUUGACGGGCAAGGAGCCUAAUUUGACGAGGCAGAAGGUGAAGCUUAGCACCUGCCAGAGGUACUUUGACAUCAGGAAGGCGACGACGCUGUUGGGGUACAAGCCUCUGGUGUCGCUGUCCCAGGGUGUCUUGGACGGUGUGGCGUGGUUUGUGGAGGAGGAGAAGAAGCAGGCCGAGAAGAAGGGACAGUAG